AUGCUUCCUACGCCAGAUACCUCCCACGUUCCAUUUGAGCGUGUUUACGAGCCAGCAGAGGACUCGUACCUCCUCCUGGACACCCUAUCAGCCUCUUCGGAGGCGUCUUUCCUCACAUCACGCUUCGGCGGCGGAAGCGCCACCUCCUCAUCAUCAUUCAAGUCAAUAGCAGCCCCACUGGUGGUCGAAAUCGGCACGGGCUCCGGCGUCGUAAUAGCCUUCCUCGCCGCGCACUCCCUCACCCUCUUCGGCACGCCCUCCAUCCUCACCGCGGGCGUCGACCUAAACGGUCACGCUUGCCUCGCAACAAACGCCACCGUCCGCCGCGCCCUCGCCGAGAACAUGGAAACCGCGUCCCCGCUCUGGCUCGGCGCCGCCAUGGGCGACCUCACGAACCCCUUGAGACCAGGUAGCGUGGACGUCCUCGUCUUUAACCCGCCCUACGUGCCGUCCCCGGAGCUCCCCGCGCAGUCAUCGGCGACGCUCAUCGCGGACGCGCAGAGGAGGACGACGUUCGACGAGGACUCGUACCUUCUUUCGCUCUCGUACGCGGGCGGGCGGGACGGCAUGGAGACAACGGACCGCUUGAUUGAGGCAUUGCCCGGGGUCUUGAGCCCGAGGGGGUGCGCUUAUAUACUACUGUGUGCGCAGAACAAGCCGGACGAGGUCAAGAGCCGGAUUGAAGGGUUUGGGGGCGAGUGGAGGGCCGUCACGGUUGGGGAGAGCGGGAAGCAGGCUGGGUGGGAGAAGUUGCAGAUCAUCAGGGCGUGGAGGGAGAUGGAACGGCCUUGA